CUACGGAAAACGGGUGACUCAAAUAAUAGUAAUGGUAAACCUGGUAGCAGUACAAAGCCUUCAACAAAGAGUUCCGGAAACUCAACAGAACCCACUCCCUCCAUAGUUGUUAUAAAUGUGGGGGAACAGAGGGGACAUACCUCUUCAGAUAACACUUCGCCCAUUUCUCCUGCAAAUAACCAUAAGUCUCAUUCAAAAGAAGAGCCUCCAAAGAGGGACCCUUUGAAUCGUUUAAAAGGUGCUCCAAAAGAUGUUAUUCCUCUAAGUAAAGUUCCGCGGCGUCAAAGGUCAUCGAGAUUCCAUGCUUCAGGAGUAGUUGAAUUGGAAAAAUUACCUAAUUUCAACGAGGUUUCACCGGAUAAAAGACAAGAACUUUUCUUAAGAAAACUUAAUCAAUGUUCGGUAAUUUUCGAUUUUAAUGAUGCAAGUAGUGACCUAAAAGGAAAAGAGAUAAAAAGGUCAACAUUGUCUGAGCUCUUGGAAUAUAUUACUACAAAUCGUGGAGUAAUUACUGAACCUAUAUAUUCAGAGGUCGUUUCUAUGUUUGCUAUUAAUCUUUUUAGAACCAUACCUCCACAAGUUAAUCCUAUUGGUGAUGCUUUUGACCCUGAAGAGGAUGAACCAGUCCUUGAACUCGCAUGGCCACACCUUCAGAUUGUUUACGAAUUCUUCCUUCGAUUCAUUGAGUCACCUGAUUUCAACACAAACAUUGCCAAAAAAUAUAUUGAUACACAAUUCAUAUUACAUUUGCUGGAAUUAUUUGAUAGUGAAGAUCCGAGAGAACGUGACUUUUUAAAGACGACAUUGCACCGAAUUUAUGGAAAAUUUCUAAAUUUACGCGCAUUUAUCCGAAAAUCGAUUAACAAUGUGUUCUUCCAAUUUAUAUAUGAAACAGAACGUCAUAAUGGUAUUGCAGAAUUAUUAGAAAUUCUUGGAAGUAUUAUCAAUGGUUUUGCAUUACCAUUAAAAACAGAACAUAAAACAUUCCUCACGAAAGUGUUGAUACCUUUACAUAAAGUCAAAUCAUUGACAUUGUAUCAUCCACAAUUAGCUUAUUGUGUUGUGCAAUUUCUAGAAAAAGAUCCUUCAUUGACAGAAGAAGUCAUUUGUGGCUUAUUAAGAUACUGGCCAAAAGUAAACAGUCCCAAAGAAGUAAUGUUUUUGAAUGAGAUUGAGGAAAUCUUGGAUGUUAUAGAACCACAAGAGUUUAUAAAAGUUCAAGUACCAUUAUUUCAACAAAUUGCAAGAUGUGUAUCGAGUCCACAUUUUCAGGUUGCUGAAAGAGCUUUAUAUUAUUGGAACAAUGAGUACAUUGUUAAUCUGAUAGGAGAUAAUGUAAAUGUCAUUUUGCCAGUAAUGUUUCCCCCUUUAUACCAAAAUUCUAAAGCCCAUUGGAAUAGAACGAUCCAUGGUUUGGUAUAUAAUGCGUUAAAGUUAUUCAUGGAAAUUAAUCCAGCACUAUUCGAUGAAUGUACGGCACAAUACAAACAAAGCCGCCAAAUGGAAAAGAAACGAAUGAGGGAACGAGAGGAAACAUGGCAUAGACUAGAAAGAACAGCUGCACACAAUGCUCAAGGUCUUCCGUUACCUUAUGCAAUUGGUGGUCCUUCAACAUCUUCAAGAACUAAUGUAGCCAGUGAGUUAGCAGACAACAAUUCAAGUGGUGAGGAUGAACCUGUAGAACCUAAAGGUGACGUACCAGAAGAUAACGAUGUACAUGGGGAAAUGCAACCAUUUGAGGGAGGUGGCGAAUUCAAUCAGUUUCGCCGUAAAUCCAUUAUACCUGUUGAUGAAAGUGUGUUGUCUGAACUAUCUAGGCAUCGUAGCUUGGACGAUGUUCUUAAUGGACCUCCUGCUCCUGACGGAAGUAACUUAAAAAACCCCUAA